AUGCCCGUACAUCCGUGCAUGCACCUGGAUGAGCUUGUGACCCGAACGGAGUGCUACUCAGGGGCAAGUGUUUGGGAUGAUGAUGUUUGUGAUUGUGAGGUAGAGCAGAGAAUUCUGGGAUUUCUGGGAGAUGCAAUCAGAGCCAGUUUUGACUCCACCCUGAUCCUGUAUUCAGGACAAAGCAUUGAGCUCCAGCACACAUCAGACUCCACCUGCUCAGACUUUCCCUUCAACACAAACACAAGCUCUCCAACAAGUGAGACUUACUUCCUGUUUCAGCAUGAGGUUGUCUUCCUGCUUAAUAGUGGGAUUGACUUCCUGUUUCAGCAUGAGGUUGUCUUCCUGCUUAAGAGUGGUAUUAACUUCCUGUUUCAGCAUGAGGUUGUCUUCCUGCUUAAGAGUGGUAUUAACUUCCUGUUUCAGCAUGAGGUUGUCUUCCUGUUAAAGAGUGGUAUUAACUUCCUGUUUCAGCAUGAGAUUGUCUUCCUGCUUAAUAGUGGGAUUGACUUCCUGUUUCAGCAUGAGGUUGUCUUCCUGCUUAAUAGUGGGAUUAACUUCCUGUUUCAGCAUGAGGUUGUCUUCCUGCUUAAGAGUGGUAUUAACUUCCUGUUUCAGCAUGAGGUUGUCUUCCUGUUAAAGAGUGGUAUUAACUUCCUGUUUCAGCAUGAGGUUGUCUUCCUGUUUAAGAGUGAGAUUGACUUCCUGUUUCAGCAUGAGGUUGUCUUCCUGCUUAAUAGUGGGAUUAACUUCCUGUUUCAGCAUGAGGUUGUCUUCCUGCUUAAGAGUGGUAUUAACUUCCUGUUUCAGCAUGAGGUUGUCUUCCUGUUAAAGAGUGGUAUUAACUUCCUGUUUCAGCAUGAGGUUGUCUUCCUGCUUAAUAGUGGGAUUAACUUCCUGUUUCAGCAUGAGGUUGUCUUCCUGCUUAAGAGUGGUAUUAACUUCCUGUUUCAGCAUGAGGUUGUCUUCCUGUUAAAGAGUGGUAUUAACUUCCUGUUUCAGCAUGAGGUUGUCUUCCUGUUUAAGAGUGAGAUUGACUUCCUGUUUCAGCAUGAGGUUGUCUUCCUGCUUAAGAGUGGGAUUGACUUCCUGUUUCAGCAUGAGGUUUUCUUCCUGUUUAAGAGUGGGAUUAACUUCCUGUUUCAGCAUGAGGUUUUCUUCCUGUUUAAGAGUGGGAUUAACUUCCUGUUUCAGCAUGAGGUUUUCUUCCUGUUUAAGAGUGAGAUUGACUUCCUGUUUCAGCAUGAGGUUGUCUUCCUGCUUAAGAGUGGGAUUGACUUCCUGUUUCAGCAUGAGGUUGUCUUCCUGCUUAAUAGUGGGAUUAACUUCCUGUUUCAGCAUGAGGUUUUCUUCCUGUUUAAGAGUGGGAUUAACUUCCUGUUUCAGCAUGAGGUUGUCUUCCUGCUUAAAAGUGGGAUUAACUUCCUGUUUCAGCAUGAGGUUGACUUCCUGCUUAAGAGUGGUAUUAACUUCCUGUUUCAGUAUGAGGUUGUCUUCCUGCUUAAAAGUGGGAUUAACUUCCUGUUUCAGCAUGAGGUUGACUUCCUGCUUAAGAGUGGUAUUAACUUCCUGUUUCAGCAUGAGGUUGUCUUCCUGCUUAAUAGUGGGAUUAACUUCCUGUUUCAGCAUGAGGUUGUCUUCCUGCUUAAUAGUGGGAUUAACUUCCUGUUUCAGCAUGAGUUUGUCUUCCUACUUAAGAGUGGGAUUGACUUCCUGUUUCAGCAUGAGGUUGACUUCGUGUUUAAGAGUGCGAUUGACGUCCUGUUUCAGCAUGAGGUUGUCUUCCUACUUAAGAUUGUUUCAGCAUGA